AUUAACGUCAUCCAUUGCGAUCAUGUAUUUGGUGAAUAAAAUAAGUAGAGGAAAUGGUUCAGCCUUUUAUUUGGCUUAUGCGUCCAGUGUCUAUUUCCAUUGUUUGGCAAUUGCCAGUUGCAUUUAACUACAUCGGUUAUCCGCUACCAUAACAACCAGGGCAGGGGCAAUGCCUCCAAGUAGUGUUCACAGCCUCAAGAGCCAAGGAAGCAGUUUACAAUCAAACAGAUCGAAUUGCUCAAGAAAAUCGAAGGGGUAUUCUUACCGCACCAUAGGUAGACAAUCAGUAGUUGAUGAAAAUCUUUUCGGGGACCCUAACAGACUAAAGGAGAAACAGAAGAACACUAACAAUAUCAACAGCAAGGAGGAGGCUCAAAUUAAUGUUUUUCGCCCUGGUAUAUCUGAAACAAACUGCGAAAAGGAGCGGAUUUUCAGGGGCACUCGACGCAUAAAACACGUCGCCAGUGACCUUAUAAGGGAACUUAUAAUUCCUGAGGAGGAACCUAACACGAAAUCUAUUAUUUUGACUCAAGAUAAGUACAAUGAGCUCAAAGAGAAGGCACAUGUAAUCAACGAUGAUGACGAGAGGACAGCUAUCCAAAAAGCCAAAGCGGCCAAAGAAGCAGAAGCAGCAGCCUCUUUGGCCAGAAAGGAAGAAAUGCGCAAACACGAUUUGGCUCGAACGAAAAAUACCAAACUAACAGAUUUGGAGGAGGAGGCAAGAAAGCAAGCCGAUGUACUGUUGCAGAAGGCGUUGGAACAACGACAAGAUCAGGAGGAUGAAAUCCGAGAGUUGAAUGAGCUUAUUCGGAAUGCCAAAAUCCAAGCAAUCAGGGAUGAGCAAAUUUUAGAGAAGCAGCAAAUUCGAAAAGAGUUGAGUGAAGAAGAACUACGCUUGGACAACAUGAUGGAGCUGGCGCGCCAGAAUGCGAUUCGUAUCCAGGAAGAAAUUGAUAAAAAGCGAAAGGAACAGGUGGGUUAA